GUCACGUGGGCGGGGCGGCACGGUGACGUAUGACGUCGGCGGCGCGGCGCCGGCCGCCCCCCUGCCAAGAUGGCGUCGCUGCUGCAGUCGGAGCGGGUGCUGUACCUGGUGCGCGGCGAGAAGGAGAUGCGGGCGCCGCUGUCGCAGCUGUACUUCUGCCGGUACUGCAGCGAGCUCCGCUCCCUGGAGUGCGUCUCGCACGAGGUGGACUCUCACUACUGCCCCAGCUGCCUGGAAAACAUGCCUUCAGCUGAAGCCAAGCUGAAAAAAAAUAGGUGUGCCAACUGCUUUGACUGCCCCUGCUGCAUGCACACCCUUUCCACUCGGGCCACGAGCAUUCCUGCUCCACUCCCUGAUGACCCGGCCAAGACUACCAUGAAGAAAGCAUAUUACUUGGCCUGUGGAUUUUGCCGCUGGACUUCCCGGGACGUGGGCAUGGCAGACAAGUCUGUUGCUAGUGGUGGCUGGCAGGAGCCGGAGAAUCCUCACACACAGAGGAUUAACAAACUGGUAGAGUACUACCAGCAGUUGGCCCAGAAGGAGAAGAUUGAGCGGGACCGGAAGAAGCUGGUGCGGCGCCGAAACUACAUGCCCCUGGCCUUUUCGCAACACACUAUACACGUAGUGGACAAAUAUGGCUUGGGAACCAGGCUUCAACGCCAGAGGCCCGGAGCACCGAUCAGUGCCCUCGCUGGACUCUCGCUGAAAGAAGGAGAGGACCAGAAGGAGAUCAAAAUUGAGCCAGCUGACGCAGUGGAAGAAGUGGAACCUCUUCCUGAGGAUUACUACACAAGACCGAUCAAUCUGACAGAAGUGACGACUCUGCGUCAGCGUCUGCUGCAGCCUGACUUCCAGCCGAUCUGUGCUUCCCAACUCUACCCACGUCAUAAGCAUCUCCUGAUCAAACGCUCGCUGCGCUGUCGGAAAUGUGAACAUAACCUGAGCAAACCAGAAUUUAAUCCAACAUCUAUCAAAUUCAAGAUCCAGCUGGUUGCUGUUAACUAUAUCCCUGAAGUGAGAAUCAUGUCUAUUCCCAACCUGCGCUACAUGAAGGAGAGCCAAGUCCUGCUGACUCUGACCAAUCCAGUGGAGAACAUCACACAUGUCACACUGCUGGAGUGUGAGGAAGGAGACCCUGACAACAUCAACAGCACUGCCAAGGUGGCAGUUCCUCCCAAGGAGCUUAUUCUGGCUGGCAAAGACGCUGCGGCAGAAUAUGAUGAGCUGGCAGAGCCUCAAGACUUCCAGGAUGACCCUGACGUUAUUGCCUUCAGAAAAGCCAACAAGGUAGGAGUUUUCAUCAAGGUCACCCCGCAGAAAGAGGAGGGCGAAGUGACCGUGAGUUUCAAGAUGAAGCACGAAUUUAAAAACCUCGCUGCUCCAAUCCGGCCCAGCGAGGAUGGCGAGCACACCUCUGAGGUCAUCUGGCUCACCCAUCACGUGGAGCUCAGCCUCGGCCCAGUGCUCCCAUAAAGGCUCCCACCGCGUGCGCCCCGAGGGCUUGGCCGCAGGAUGGACCGUGCGGGUGGAGGAGGCACCUGGUGAAACGUUCUGCGAGAGCUCCUUUGUGAUGUGUGGCUGUGUGCCACGGGCCCCGGCCGGGCCGCCGGGAGGUGGCUGAGGGUGCCGUGGUUUGGGAUGGUUUGUUCUCUCUCCCCUUGUCGUUAGUGCCCACUAACCACCGCUCCGCUUCCCCUCGCCGCCACGGGCUACUUUAACUUGCAGCACGUCUUUCAGCACGGAGAAAGGUCUCCCUUUCUCCAGAUUUGCACUACACCUGCCUGAAUUUGGCUUUAUCAACAGAAAAGAACCCUUAUUGUUUCUUUUUUCUUCAUGUCAGCCCACAAACCUGAUGUUACAUACUUGAUAGACAACAAAUUCUUUUUCACGCAGAGCUAUGCACUUCCCGAACGAACGUUUUAGGAGGUGGCUGUGCCUGCUGCGUUAUUGGCAAAUUAUUUGCAGCAGCACGAUGCGCUCUCUCUUAGCUUUCUGCUUUCCCAUAGGAUACCUCAGCUGUGGGGGACUGGGAUGUACAACCCUGCCACUCCAGUGUACGUCGCUUGCUUAGCUGAGGUGAUGGAUCUGUUUUCACAAAGGAAAUGAUCGGUUUUGCCUUUAAACUCAAAAUGUUGUGUGCCGUAGUGUCGGUGGAUUGGAUUGUCAGCCCGCAGUGAUGUAGGUGGAUGCGGUAGCACGCUGCGAGCUGGGAAUCCAGGUCCUGGCACAGCUCUUGAUGCUCCGGAGGGGCUGCCUGGCAGUCUUCACGUCAAUUAACGUGUGUUAAUAGGGGUAGCGAUCAGAGUAUGAAACCUGGGGAGUUAGGAUUAGAGCUGGUAGACAUAAAACUAGAGAUGAUGUUUGAGUUCUUUUUCCAGUCGGGGUGGGUGGGACAGAGGUGUAAAGGUGGAAAGGCAGUUAUACAUUAACUAGCGUACACCCUAGCAUGAGGUGAUUUAUCCGGGGUGUAAUUUGGCUGUAGUCCGAGCUAAAAUGGGUAAUUAAAAGCAGCGUAUCCAGGAUACUGAAUUAACCGCACUGCUUAGCGCGAGUGGCUCUUCCCACAGCGCGUUCCCGGUUUAGUCACUGCCCUCUGUGACAUUCCUGGUGGCCUGUGCUUUGCUGGGAAAGGCUGGAUUGCCGUCUGGCCCCUCGUUCCUCCAGGCGGGAUGAGGCUCCCCCCGGCCAUUGCCCCCGUGGCCCCCGCGGCUGGGACCCUGCAGCCGGUCCCAGCCCAGCCAGGCCAUGCAAUGACCACUUGGCAUAGGUCCCGCAGGGAUGUGCAUGAGUUUUGGAGAUGUGGUUCGCAGUUGGUGUCCGGUGACAGCGUCUGCUGCCACGUCACCGGGGACCGCAGCGCUCACCCUUCGGCCACCAUUUCUCCUCCGCCGGUAGCCAAAAUCGCUGCUACACUUGCCACACUGAUGUGAGCCUUCGGGGGUGCGCGGUUCCUCACUGAAAACAAAAAGGUGCGUUGGUUUAUGAUAUUGUGAGUGGGCUAAUUAUCUCGGUAAGUGUGUGUGACACCCCCCGCCGCCCCCCCGUAGGUGCUGUAGGCCAUAGCAGAGGUGUCGGUGUCCCCGCCUCGCCCCCUCCCUGACGGCGGCUGUUGCCUUGCUGCUUGACGUCGUGUAGUGACCUUCAAUAAAGCAAACGUGGCUCUCGGA